AUGAGUGCCAUCGGAGCAAGCUCCCAGUUGGACGACAACCUACAGCCGAAAAUCAUUCCCAACCCAUACGCGAAGCUUUUGGACCACGUCAACAGAGUUACCUUCCCCGAAUAUACCGCUCCGGUGCACAAGGUUCUGUUAGCUUUCGGGUGCAUUCAUGCCGUAACCGUACUUGUCUGCAUCUUCGUCAUGCUCAUUCCUUUACGGCGGAGCCCCGAAUCCCGCAAAAAACUCACUUGGAUACUGCGUAAAAAAUAUGUGCCCAAUAUUGCCACCCCUUACCAUGUGAUGAACAGUGGCCUUGUUGUAGUUGCCUCCCAACUCAUGUCCAGUCUUGUAUUUGUGACAUACAUUAUUCUCGACUAUCAUAGUCUUAAUUCCACUUCUUUUACUCUGAGAGCUUGUCUUCACGUCUGUUGGGAACUAUGCCUUCUACCUGGAUACUUUGGAUUCCAUGUCACAGCCUUCGGUUCUUUGUAUACAUGUCUCUGCUCACCAAGGUACUCAAGAAAGCGAAGAAGUGUAUUUACGCAUCCCCUCCUCCUCAACAUACUCUUUUACGUCCUGCCAGUGCUUGUGACAGUACAAGCCGUAGCGUGGUCGAUUGUUCUCGUUCUUGGCAUCAAAGGGGAAGGAGAUUCUUACAAGGCACUAGCUGCCCACUUGGAGUACGGCGCGGAUAACUGGCAGCCAGGUCAAAACCCCAACAACCCCAUUCAUCGACGCGCGGUGUAUCUACUAGGGAGUUACAUAGACGACGGUAAAUAUUUUUCGAACUGCUGGGUUUGGUCUUCGAGGACCUGGUCAGCGAUAGGCAUCACACUGGCUCUGUUUUACGCUCUCAAUGUUGCAAACUUACUCUACGUGCUGAGAAGAUGCCUCAAAGCUUCACAAACCCCGCACCAAUUCCCUGGAAACAUGAAGCCGGUCGAUACACUAGAGCAACACGUUCCAUCUUAUUGUCGUGAAAACUUUGAAUCACCCAUUCCUCAGGCGACUCUUCCCGAAGUCCCGAUAAACAACUCGAAAAAAAUCCCGCGGUCUAAUCUAGCCCAGCCCUCUAUCAAAGAACUCAAGAAUGGCUAUAUUUAUUUAAUCGUGCACUGUUCAAUCAUGCUGUUGGACCUACUUAUCCACGUCACCACUUCUACAAUCAGAACGAUUCACUAUGAACAGGCUAUUGUGGAUAAGGGGUGGAGAUCAAGAACAACCUGGUUGGUGCUACUUGGCUCUACUUUGGCCUCAGUGGCAAUGAUUUUCCAUAGUUGGAGGAUAUUCACCGAACGUGAUAAGACAAACAUUCCGGAACCUAACCCUGGAAUACUUGUUCGCAAGUUUUUAACUUCUCAUCGUGAAGGGCCCGACCCAGACGUAAACACGCCUAACAUGAAUUUGCAACAGCGGGGAUGCCACGAGACAGCUCCAAGGAAAACGGCUAAAUUAGAGAGCUCGAGUACCCCUACCUCCGAUUGGUCGAUAAGCCGUAUUCAAGCAACACGCUCACCACCUCUAUUCUCGGCAUUAGAUGAUAUCAAUCGUUAUACAUCAUACGAAAUGCCUCCCAUAAGCGAACGCGACAGGCUGGGCGGAUAUCUCUCCAUUCCACCCACUCAUCUUCCUUAG